AUGACCCUUUCGCUGGCCUCCUAUACUUCCAAAAUCAAGACUGCCAUCUCGCACUCGGGCUUCUUUUCACCAAGCUCUCUUAAAAAUGUGCUCUUUGUCACAGGAAACGAGUCUGCUGAUCUUGACUCCUGCUCUUCCGCAAUCCUAGCAGCAUACCUUUAUACAGUGGCCCUGAAGCACGACAAGGCCCCCCAGACCCCUCGCCAGCCCAAGCUAGAGCUUGUGGUUCCACUUAUCAACAUCCCCCGCAAGGAUCUCGAGCUGCGCCCUGAUAUUUCAUAUCUGCUGCACAAGGCUGGUGUCCCGACUCAUGCCAUUGCCUUUGUGGAUGACUUUUCUGACGAACCCACUCCUGCGUUUGUCUUCCUUGUGGACCAUAACCGCCUCAAUGGCACGACCGCAACACUGUUUGCCGAAAACAAUGUAAUUGGUGUUUUGGACCAUCACGCAGAUGAGUCUUAUUACACCAAUACUGCUGUCCCGCGCACAGUGCGUACCACAGGUUCGUGCAUGUCACUCGUGGUCAACUUUUGGCGCGACCAGCUUGGCGAGGAACUCGCCCAAACUGCUUUGCAGAAGGAAGGUGCUGUGGCUGCCCUCUUGGGUCUUGGUCCUAUUUUGGCCGACACCAGCAGACUUCGUCAGCGUGUUGAAGAGGACGAUACCCGGGCUGCGGAGUUUAUUUGGAACGCUAUCGAGGAGGGUAGCAAAGAUAGCUCUCAUCAUCACAAGGGCGUGGGCCCCGAGAGUGUGAGCAAGCAUGUUCAUGACUUUGACAAGUUCUGUAAGGACCUUGGAUCCAAGCUUUCGGAAAAGAAGCAUGACAUUUCGGCGCUUUCUGGCAUGGAUCUUUUGCGCAAAGAUUACAAGGAAUGGGCCAACGAGGAUGAGUCGAUUAAAAGCAUUGACUCACUUCCUGGGAACUUUAAGAUUGGAAUUUCGACUCUCCCUGCUUCGCUCGAAGCUGCAUGGGCCCAGUGCUCUAAAGGCGCUGAGGAGUUUAUUAACGAUAUGCGUGCCUGGGCCAAGCAGCGUAGUGUGGAUCUCUCUGUUGUCAUGUGCUCGCACAAGGAUGCCGAGAAGAACCAUCACCGUGAGCUUAUGCUUGUUGCUGCGGGCAACAUGACUCCUGCUUUGGUUGACGAUGUUGUUUCCAAAAUCAAAGACCAAUUACAGUUGACUGUCAACCCCAAGGGUACCGAGGCCGAGCGUGGUGCCUAUACGUUUGAACAAGGUGAUAUUACUGCUAACCGUAAGUUGAUUGCUCCUUUGUUGCGUAACGUUGUGCAGGGUGUUCCUUUGAGUUCCACUUAA